UUGAGAAAGUAAAAGGAAUGGGUUGCACCCCGUCCACAUUUAUGGGCGGCCAAAUGGCGAAGGAGAUGCAGUACAUCAUUCUGGAUGAUUAGCGUUGAAUGUUACCCAGCCUGUAUAUUGAAGCUUUCUGCCACAUGUAAUGAAAGAAAAUGUGAUGGAAAUAUCGAAAUCAGCCUUCCACUAUCCAAAUAUCCCUCGUUUGACAAGAUUGCCUCAUGAAAUUUUCCCUAACGCCCAUUUAAACGUACAAGCUUUCCAUCUGUUUAAUAUACUUCUAUUUACUUCCGUUGCCACUGGUAUCGGCAAAGACCGAAUGACCAAUAUGUGCUCCAACUGACAACAUGUGGUCAACCAAGACAAGCACCUCUUGAUGUCAUCAUCAAAUUACUUCAUUCCGUAGAGAUGUGUGUUCCACUAACCUAAAGAGUGCCCACCAGCCAAAGAGUUGCGACAUAGAAGAAAUAUAAUUGAUGGCUUUUUCUGGAGUUCUGCUUUAUAUAUUUUUUGUCGGAGGACUCUUUCCUCGGAAGGGGACUGCCUCAGUUAUUAAUGUGCGAUUAUUUGGUGAUUACAUUCGAUCAUCGUAUGGCCUUGUUGAGGUGCAAUUUAAUGGGACCUGGGGUACGUGGUGUAGUGCUCCGUGGAACCUUAAUAAUGCUCAUGUCACGUGCCGUCACCUGGGGUUUGAUGGAGCUGCUGCCCUGGUACCCGAGUCUUACCCGUCAUAUGAUGGAGGGAGAGUCAAGUGGAGAAAUGAUCUGCACUGUUUUGGGAACGAAACUUCCCUGACUGAUUGUCCACAAACUGGAUUUAUCUCAGUCAGAUAUUGCAGCUUUCGUUACAAGGCCUCCAACGUCAUGUGUAAUUUACAAGUCCGCCUAGCAGGAGGGGUAUCUAACAAGCAAGGUUUUGUGCAAGUUUAUUACAACAACAAUUGGAACUGGGUUUGUGGUGAGCAAUGGAAAAAACAAGACGCUAAUGUGACCUGUAAUUGGCUGGGAUAUUCAGGCCCUUCUGAAGCUUACACAGACACAGCACGUGACGGUGCCAAUGGCACCACCUGGAUAAGCAAUGUAAAUUGCACUGGAGAUGAACUUUCUCUUUUUUCCUGCGUUCAUGGAGGAUGGUUUAAUAGGAGCUGUGUAAGCAAUCAAAUAGCGGGGGUGCGAUGCACCGGACCUGAGGUUCGCUUAAUAGGUGGUGAACUUACAUCAUAUCAGGGCCAAGUAGAGGUUUUGUUUAAUGGCGUCUGGGCAGGAAUAUGUUAUGACUACGAUUGGGAUUUUCCGGAGGCCAAUGUAGUUUGUCGUCAGCUGGGAUAUCAUGGUGCUGCACAACCUACCUACCAUGAACGGUUUCAAACAGGAUAAGAUGAUGUUAAAGUAACCAAUGUUCAUUGUCUUGGAAACGAGACUUCAAUAUUAAAAUGCACACACAACUUGUUUGGUGUGGGCCGCAAUUGCUGGA